AUGAGCCUACUUCCCAUCCGAGCAGACCUGCUCCCUUUCUUAGAAGAUUAUUUACCGCCUCGAGAGGCUCCGACACCUGACGUCAAACCAUUCGUCACUCUAACAUAUGCUCAAUCUUUAGAUUCUCGAAUUUCCAAAGGCAGGGGUCAAAGAACAGUUAUUUCGCACUUUGAAACCAAAACCAUGACGCAUUACCUGAGAUAUCACCACGACGGCAUUCUAGUUGGUGCUGGCACUGCUCUGGCCGAUAAUCCUGGUCUUAAUUGUCAGUGGAGCCCUGAGGACACAAUUCCAAAUGCCAAAUGCUCGCCACGACCUAUCAUAAUUGACCCGCGUUGCACUUGGCACUACGAAGGGUCUAAGAUGCAAAGGCUACAGUUACAAGGGAGCGGCAAGCCGCCCAUUGUGGUGGUUAAAAAAAAGCCACCCCAGUCCAAAAUUACGGAUUCGAAAGUGGUGUACUUUGAAGCUCCUCUCAAUUCCAAUAAACAUUUUGAUUGGCUGGCCCUAGUACGAGCCCUCAAAAGGGAAUUUGGCAUCAAUUCAAUUAUGGUAGAAGGUGGUGCUGUGGUUAUUAACGAACUACUGGCAAGACCGGAUGUUGUUGAUAGCCUUAUCGUGACGAUAGGAGCCACUUAUCUGGGUGAACAAGGUGUAGGAGUCAGCCCACCUAGUGGGGAAGUUACAUUGACAUAUGUAGAUUGGUGGAAAGGGACGCUGGAUUCGGUCAUGGCAGCAAGGCUUCUCCGCAGGGCAUAG